UGCGAGCAGCGACGGCGAUGGCAGCAGCUCCGUCAGUGGGCUGUCGAGCGCCGCGUCGCCUGCUCGCCAACCGAAACAAGUGCCACCCGCGCGUCGACAGCACACCAAAGCCCCUUUUCCCGUUCGCUCGCUUAACGAGCCGACGCUCGCUCAUUAGUAUAGUCGAGCACGCGCCACCCGCGAUAAGACAGAAACAGCGAGUGCGCGAGUGACACGCGCGCGCAAUCAGCUCGGUCGUCCUCCGAGACAGGAAAGCUCGUAUGUGCCGGGAGGCCGAGAAAUUGGUGCGCGACUAUACCGGAAGAAUAAGCUCACUUCUCUUAUUCUGACUACUACUGCUCGUAGCACUUGAGCUCUGCGGGCUUCAGUUCUCAAUGAGACGCACGCCGUGUCCACGUUUCCUUACUUUCGAAAAGCAAAAUCAAUAGUGAGAGUCGUUCAGAUAAAGGACUAAUGCGUGCAAGAACGGAAUCUAAGUCUCCGAGAAACAGCUACAGCGUCGGCGGCGGCAGCAGGAGCUGGUCGAUGCCGAGAAAUCGCUUCGGGGCCAUCGAUCGUUCGGGUAGACCGUUGCAGGCGGGCGGGCAGCGUCGCGGCGAACAUGCUAGAGUAUACCGGCCAACUGGCCAACUGCUGCUCUUACAUCGGCAAGUACUUACAGCUGCUGGAGCCGAGGUUCGCUAAGCAACUACAACUACAUUGUCUAUCACGGCCGAACAAUGAGCAAAAGCGUCGAACUGCUGAGCCCUGAAGAUACUGACCAUUCGCACGGCGAGACGAGCACGGAAGAACGUUCCCGGCUGAACCUAAAUGGUAGCCGGCAGCUAUCGCGCAGCGCGACGGAGCUGCGCGACAAUGGCUUGGCGCGAGCGGGCGAGUGCAGCGGUGGUGAGAGCUCGUCGGCGGGCCGCUCGCCGGAACGCCGUGGCCUCCACCACCAGCAGGAGCACCUAGCCAGCGGCGUGGUGCAGCGACUACGCCACUCGCACCGCCACAUCUCAGUCGCCCAGCGCACCCACACCUUCUUCGCCUGCCUCAAGUCGCGCUGGCAGCGCAGUCGCAGCAAGGAGCGCAAAAAGUCCAAAGACCUGCUCGACUCGCAGGCCAAGGAGUCCGACUACGCGGCCGACUACUCGUCCGAUCACAGCAGAGCUUCCUCGGCUAACCAAAGCCCCGCCAGACACUACCUCAAUCGACCCGAAUCUCCUUUGGUACGCUCGAGUCGCAACGAAAAAGCGACGGCAGUGCAGGAUGACAGCCCAGCCCGAGGCAGUAGCGAAGGCUCACCGAAAACGUCGGCGCCGACGGGUGCUCCCGUGGCGUCGACCAGCAGCCCAGCUGGCGCCAAUCAGCAAUCGAUCGAUAUCAACGCUUCGCAUAAGCAUCCUGGCGAAACUCAAGGCGAUCCGGAGCUCGUCAAAGUCGACAUUCUGCAAGAUGAAAACACGAGACGCCGCGAACUUGCUCUCCGCCAGCAUGCCUUCUUCCAGUUACGACUUCACUUGCGAAGAGGUGCCAAUCUCGUGGCAAUGGAUCGAUGCGGGUUCAGUGAUCCUUACGUAAAAAUAAAAUGUUCCGGUCGCCUGUUACAUAAGUCGCGCACAGUUUACAGAGAACUAAAUCCUGUCUGGGAUGAGAGUAUCUCUUUGCCAAUCGAGGAUCCGUUCCAACCUCUUAAUUUUAAGGUUUUUGAUUACGAUUGGGGUCUGCAAGACGAUUUCAUGGGUGCAGCACAGCUCGAUUUAACGCAGUUGGAAUUAGGUCAGAUGCAAGAUAUUACUUUAGAACUCAAAGACCCUGCACGGCCAAAACAAGAUCUUGGGCAAAUUAUUGUUUCUGCUACACUUUGGCCGAAAAAUCAGCAAGAGAAAGAACAGUACUUCCAAAGAAGCAAUCGUUUGGCAGACGUGAACCGGAAGCUCAAGUCCCAGAUAUGGAGUUCAGUUGUCACCAUUGUCCUAGUCGAAGCAAAAAAUUUAUUGCCAAUGGAUAUAGACGGUCUGUCAGAUCCAUACGUUAAGUUUCGUCUAGGCACGGAGAAAUACAAAUCGAAAGUAGUAAACAAGACGCUGAAUCCGGUAUGGCUGGAGCAAUUUGAUCUGCAUCUAUAUGAGGAUCCACACUUGGGCCAAGAACUGGAGGUGACGGUGUGGGAUCGAGAUCGAAGUCAUCAGGACGACUUGAUGGGCCGUACGGUGAUCAAUCUGGCGAGUCUCGAACGCGAGACGACCCAUCGGCUCUGGCGCGAGCUCGAAGACGGCGCAGGCAAUAUCUUCCUACUGCUGACGAUAAGCGGCACUACCGCCAGCGAGACAAUCAGCGACCUUGCCGUUCACGAGGAGACACCCCAAGAACGCGCUCUUCUCAUUCAAAAGUACUCGUUAGCCAAUACGCUUCAAAGACCCCGAGACGUCGGACAUCUCACUGUUAAGGUUUACCGAGCACAAGGUCUCGCAGCAGCUGACUUAGGAGGGAAGAGCGAUCCAUUUUGUGUGCUUGAACUUAUCAAUGCAAGGUUGCAAACCCAAACCGAGUACAAAACUUUGGCACCUAACUGGCAAAAGAUUUUCACUUUUAAUGUGAAAGACAUAAAUUCCGUGCUUGAAGUUACUGUAUUCGAUGAAGACCGUGAUCAUAAAGUUGAAUUCCUCGGGAAGGUUGCUGUACCUCUAUUAAAGAUACGGAAUGGUGAAAAACGAUGGUACGCUCUUAAGGAUAAAAAACUACGAUGUCGUGCUAAGGGUAACAAUCCGCAAAUAUUACUUGAGCUCACUGUCGUUUGGAAUUAUUUGCGAGCUUGCAUAAGGACGUUAAACCCAAAAGAAAAGAAAUACAUGGAGCCAGAAAUGAAGUUUAAACGGCAGGUCUUUUUAAGGAAUGUCCUCAGGCUAAAAGCUAUCAUUGUCAUGGUCAUUGACGUAGGAAAAUAUAUACAGAGCUGCUGGGAAUGGGAAAAUAAAAUGAGAUCUGUGAUAGCACUUGUACUUUUUGUGCUUGUGGUUUACUACUUUGAGCCAUACAUGAUUCCAACAGCAUCGUUUCUUAUUCUUCUUAAGUAUUAUGUGGUAGCAGUUCUGAUGGGAGCUCCUCUUCCUCACCAGAUGAAUGUUCACAUUCAAGAUUCUACGGAUGGAUCAUAUGAAGAUGGUCCGUCAACACCUGGCGAUGACGACGAAGAUGACGACGAUAAAGAUAAGGAAGAGAAGAAGAGUCUGAAAGAGCGCUUGCAGGCCAUACAAGAAGUAACGCAGAUUGUGCAAAAUUCCAUUGGUUACAUAGCAAGCCUAUGUGAAAGGGUAAAGAAUUUGUUCAAUUUCACCGUCCCUUACCUCAGCUACUUAGCAAUGUUUUUGGCAGUUCUUGCCAUAAUCGUCUUGUACUUCAUUCCCGUACGUUAUCUAAUACUUGCCUGGGGUGUAAAUAAAUUCGCCAGAAAAGUAAUCAGGCCUCACGUGGUACCCAACAACGAAGUACUUGAUCUCAUAUCUAGAGUGCCUGACGACGAAGAAUUACUAAACUAUAGGGAGCUGAAGCCGGUGCCGACGGCGGAUUGCGAAACCAAGAACACGGGGUCAUCCAUGACAACAUCGGCUAGCGGCGCGACGACCAGCCGACGAGAACUUCGUAAGCGUCAGAAAGCGGCGUAGCAGCAGUAUGUCCCGCGACCCGAUGUCGCGGGCCUCAGAGCGCAUGGCGUUCUCAAAAAGUCCCUGCUGCGCCAGAAGUUUGAGUAUCUGAAACAGCGGAUGGGCUCAACCGAGAAGCCAGAUGUGCCUGAUCUUGACUGAUUAUAACGAAAAAUAAACAGAGUGAUGUUGGUUAUCGGUACUGCAAAGCCAUUUACAUGUUAAAGAUUUAAGACGCGAGCUAUACCACUGAAAUUGUUGCUAAGUCAAUGCUGGCAUGGACAAGUUUCAUUAAACUUUUUUACUUUUAGCAUUUAUCGAGUGCUUUAAUAAUGAUAGAUUCGUAGUUCUGAUUAUCGAAAGUCUUGUUUUACAUACUUCCACGUUUUCGCGAGGCAAACAACGCUUGCCUCGUUCUUAAUUCUUUUUACAAAUGGAAAGCUUGAGAUGGUUUUGAGUACAUAAGUCUUACAUAUAUAUCAUCGAAUUUUUAUUACAUAUUAUUAUAAAAUAUUUAUUGUAAGAUUUUUUGAGCUAUAUAUCUUUGCAUUAUAGUGGAUUAUAUUUGAAUAUUAAGUACAUCACAAUUUCCAGUCAGUACAAUAAUUUAUGAAGCUUUUUGUAUUUCAACUGAAAGUAUUAACAAGGUUAUAGAACGAUACAAAGUUUAUAUAGUUUUACUAUAACUUAUUAAUUAACCAUUACUUUUUUUAUAAUCCAGAUACAUCUAUAUUUUAAAGUUCCUGUAAUAGUUCAACUAUUAGUUUAUGUUCUUCCAUUUCGAUACUUCUUAUAAUUGAAAAAUUUUUUAAUUAUAAUCGAUUUAUAUAUGUUAAACGGAAUCAUUUAGUUGGGAUAAUCAAUCAUUAUUUAUAACCGAUUUUCCGAGUGAAGUAUAACGAUGCUAGUAAAUUUUAAGAGAGACGAGAUGAGAUACUGAUUAUUGUUGAUAUUACAAAGCACCAUUAUCUCACUAACUCGGAUAGCCUAUUAUUAAUAAAAUUUUUAUAAUCGAUUAAAAUAUUUUGAGCCUUAAAAUAAAAAAUAUUCUUUGUAAAAUAAAUUACUUCGGUGCACUUGUUUUUACGUGCACGUACAAAUUAACAUUUUAUAUUUAAAAAUAUUCUAUUUAUUAUAGAAUCUGUCAUAUGUAUAUUCAUUCAGGCUUGUCCAUGUCUACUUAAAAGAGUGCUGAAAAUGAAGUAUGUUUGCAAACAUUUAAAAUAGCUGCCUUACUAAGAUAAAAAUUGAAGAAAAAUUUAAAUUAGGAAUGUAAAAGCAAUCAAGCUUGGGUUUGUGCGAUGCUCGAAUAAAUAGUUGCUAAUUGGUUUCGUAUAGAUCCCUUGAAGUUGCGCUAUUAAUGCACAUUUGCUAUAUGUGAGCAAUUUUUCUAAUCAUAUGUACAAUCAAAGUAUAUUUAAAGAAAUUAUUUAUACAUUUCUCAAUGUGAUAUAAAAUUGAGCAUUGAGAGUAGAUUUUAAUGAAUUAAAAUGUUCAAUAAAUACAAUUUUUCGCAAUAUUUUUAAAACGUAAAAUUGUCGUUACUGCAAAACAUAUUUUUUCCAUAUAUCUUUUGAUUUUACGUUAAAAAGGCCCCUAUGCAAUGGCAAAUUUCUUAUAUUUUUAACUGUUAGUAGAAACUCUGUCAAUUGUAAUUACAAAUAGAUAUCAAGGGCUAACCAUCAGAAACAAUACAAACUCAUGUUAAUUAAACAUGCUUGGAACAUUGCAAAUAAAGUUGCAAUGUUGAUUAUAGUAUACCUGGGAACUAUCAUUACAUUUUUGAACUUCGUGCGAUGUAAAUAAAUUAUUUGUCAGAUUAACAUAAAUGAAUAAAUUUUCAAUUAAACUUUACCUAGUUAUUGGCUGAAAUCUUUGCAAAACUUUUAGUUCACUGAAUAAUUUAUCUCAGCUAUAAUUUAUAGAUUUACAGAGAUAUUAAAGACUCAGCUUGACGAUUCCUGUCUAGAUUAACUAUCACGUUUGUAAUUAGUAUUUGAAUUAUCAAAGACCAAAGUUUGAGACCAAAUUUAUACUUGAUUUUUAGAACUUAUUUCCUGAAAUAACAUGUAAAUUUUGUUAACUAAUAGUAAAAACUUGAAAAAAAUUAUUUUCAAGUUUCAGUAUAUAUGUACAAAUUCAAACCACGUAUUUUUUAUCUUUUAAAUGUUAAGAUUUACGUGUUAGCCAAAUCGUAAUUGGCAAUAAAUAUUAAAAUUUUGAAAAUGUUAAAAUUCAAAACAAAAAAAGUGUCAAAAUAUGAUAAAUUAAUAAUUAUCAUUAGAAAAUACAAAUAAUAGACAGACUGUUGGGAAAAAAUAUAUUUUAUUUUUUCAAAAUAUAUUUAUGUGAUACGUAUCAAAGUCAGUUAUCAUCUGUGACAUUUAAAACAAAUAAAGUUUCAAAGUAUUCUGAAUUGUUAUAUUACAUUUUUGUGAUAUUAUAUAUAUCAAUAAUAUAAAAAUUCCGUAAGUAUCAUCUUCUAACAUAAUCAUCUAAAAAUCAAGGUAGUAUUAAUUUUUACAAAGGCGUAUCUAAUUACAAAUCAGGUUGUUAAUUAGAUUGUUAAUUGAAUAGCUUUACAAAUGAAUACCACUAUAAUAAAUCUUGUACUAUCGUAUAAUAAUGAGUAAUCGCACGAAUUUGAAAUGAAAACAAAUUUAAGAAAUUCAUCUGUAUCGUAAAAUAAUAAGCUUUAUGAUGAUACAAUAUGCAAAAAAAAAACAUAAUGACUAAUUCUAGCAUAUCUGAGAAAUUUGUAAGUUUUACUAAUGUUCAUUCCCACAUAUUUAAAUACUUGAAAAGUGUACAAUUACUGGAAUGCAAAAGUAUAAUGCAGUUGCUAACUAUGAACAGUUUAUUGAAUACAUGUGUAAUAUGAACUUCCAAAGCAAGUUCCAUGAGCAUUACGUCCAUUAACGUUGUAGAUUAUUAUAUUGUCAAAGAUUUAAUAAUGCUUAAGAGUGGGCAGAAAUAACUAAUUGUAUUAAUUUUGAAAUAUAAGAUAUUUUCAAUUUUUGUUCAAAUUAUUUCAUGUUUUGUGAAAAUGUAAAGCGAUACAAGUCCAUGUGUAAAGCAAAAGUAAAGCCUAUUAUUUUUUCCAAUUUGUUAUGGACACGCUAAACUAACUGGACCCACGAAGUUUCUUAAUUUUGGUAUUUUUUAAUAUUUCUAUGGACCAGUAAUGUUCACGACACUACUUGUUGAUUUCUGUUCACUCUUUUUAAUUGACGAUGUUAAGAAAAUUAUUGCGGUAAUCAGAAGGUUGUUAAAUUAUGAAAAUAAUUAAACAAUAAAUGAAAGUGAGCGAGAGAGUAAGCUACAUAGUUGAAAAUAUUAAAUUAAUAUAUUGUUGAAGUAAUAUCGUACACUUAGUUCCUUGCUUCAAAAUCUAAAUACUUCGCAAUCCAAAUUUUUACUAUUCUAGAAUAGGAGCACUAAAAAUACUGUUAUAAUAUUAUUGAAGUGGGGCACUUUCAAAUAUUUUAUACAUUUUCAAAGUAACCUUGAAAUACCUAUGUACUAGUCUAUAUUAAAAAUAAUAUAAUACAAAGAAAAUAACUAGUAUUUUGACUUCGAACAUCAUUAGUUUUUUCCUUUAAUGAUUAAAAAGUGCUGUAUAGGUCUGGAAUGACUUUAUCAAAAUUCUUUUUGCAUAUAUUUUUUUCUGUUGCAUAAUGCAUUUUCCGAAAGAAACAAACUAGAUGAUACUUGAUUAUACUAUUUAGAAUUUUAAUAAAGAUGAAAUGAGAAUAAGAAAUUUUCGUUUUACGCGUCUUUGUUCUUGGGUCAAUGUGAUAGAUUUUCAGAUAUAUUUUUAUACAAGAAAGUCUUUUUAAGUUUUCAAGAUUGAAUAUUGUAACGAAAACUUUCUAAAGUAAAAAGGAAAAAAUUACGAUAUUUUCUGAAAAAUGGCUGUGUUCAGAAUUAGCUAUUUCUUCCUAUGUUACAACGCAAUUCUUGUUAAAUCCACUGGUUUAAGCGUUAAAUUGUUCUCUCUAGUUAUUAUUUCCAACAAAUGUCAGUGAAAAACCUGCUUCAACAAAUUUAUAAUUACUUAUAAAGAUCUAUAAAAUGAUGAACUGAAAUAAAGAAUAAAUUUGUUGCACAAAUAUGGACCAUAAAAUUUAAGAUUUUGUACGUCGAUAUAACUUUUAAGUGCUUUUUAUUUAUCAAAAUGAAUUUUUUACUUAAGUAUAUAAUUUUAAACUAGAAAUAUUUUAAUGUUAAAUAUUGCUUCAUAUUAUCAAUAAUUUGUCGAUUGAUACGUUUCAUUAUUAUUGGCUCUAUAAAAGAAAAAUAUAUGUACUCCUAAAGUACAAUAGUAAUUUUUAUUCCAUACUCCGACGUGACAUUUAUAUCACAAUUACAUUUGAUGAUUAUUUAGAGAUUAAUAUACAAAACCAAUAUUUAACUAAACAAAGAUCGAUGGCAACGGUAAUCACUGAUAAUUACUUUGGUCUAGAUCAGAUGUUUUUGUCGUUGUUCAUGAAGUCUCUUUCAUAAUCUAAUGCGCUUGGCUACAACAGACUCGUAAUAUGUCCAAUUGACAUCGUGAUAAUAAAACCUAGUGCUCUGUACCAGACGACAUUUCAUAAAAAUAAAAAUAAGUCAAAUCACUUCUGAAAACAAAGAAUGGUAUGAUCUAUUGAUGUAUUAUUAUUAUUUUCAAGAUUGCUUAUUAUUUGUUUGUGCUAUGACAGAUAAUAU